AUGUCGUCGGAAGCACGCCAGCAGAACACGCCAUCAACGAGUAAUUCUGCGAAUCUUCAGACGAGUCAUCGUCGCGUUUUCUUGCUUUCAGUGAUAACCGUCAUUUUUGCCGCGCUGGUUGCCCUUUUCUGGCGCGAUACCGCCAAUCUGUUCGUUUUCCGUCGACUUUUCGGAUCUUCCUCGCGGGCUGCUGCUAGCUCGUCGACUGGGUCGGCGCCUACACCUGCGGUAGUGUCAUCAAUUACGGAACAAGCGGGGCUCAAGAUGAAGACGCCUGUUUAUUUCUUGAGUCAUGGCGGACCUAACGUCAUGUACAAUGUGGAGCAUCCCGCGUACAAGAAGCUGGGUCAGAUUGGACGUGAGAUUACGACCAAGGUGAAGCCGCGUGCUGUGGUGGUGUUCUCGGCGCAUUGGCAGGGUGGUCGGGAUACUAUUUACGUGAAUACUGCUGAAAACACGGAUCUGAUUUAUGAUUUCUAUGGUUUCCCGGACCAUUACUACAAGGAGAAGUAUCCCAAUGUCGGCAGCAAAGAAGUCUCGUAUAAAGUGCUCGAUGCGCUGAAGGAAGCUGGCAUUGACGCCAAGGGUGUGAAGCGUGGUCUGGACCACGGUGUAUGGGCGAGCUUCAAGUGCGCAUUCGAGCCUGACUCGAACCCCUUGAACGUCCCAAUCGUGCAGGUCUCCCUCUUCGAUACCGAAGACCCGAAUCAGCACUACCGCCUCGGCCAAGCCGUGUCCCGCCUGCGCGAGGAGAACAUCCUCAUUAUCGUCUCCGGCAUGGCUGUGCAUAACCUGCGCGAUCUGCGCUUUACAUUCGGUAACCCUCGCCCCAUGCCGUACGCCGUCAGCUUCGACGAGGCUCUCAAAGAUGCUGCGACGAAAGCGCCGGCGGAGCGGGAACAGGCUUUGGCAGACCUUCUCAAGCGUCCAGAUGCUCGCCAGGCUCACCCAACCUUUGACCACCUACUACCCAUCCAUGUUGGAGCGGGCGCGGCGCACGAGGACGUGGGUAAGAGAAUCUGGACGUUGCCGGAGGGCAGCAUGAGCUGGGCGCAGUUCCGGUUCGGGGAGCUGAAUAAUGCUAGUACAUCGUUAUAG